ACCACACCAUGCAAGUAGCUGAGGAUGCUUGUACCCGUCUGGAGGAUGAGCUGCUCUUCUGUGAAGACUGCCGCCUUUAUUUCCGAGAUACCUGCCCUCAGCAUGGACCUCCCACCUUCGUGGCUGACUCUCCGGUUCCAGAAAGAGCUCCCUCGCGGGCACUGUUAUCUCUGCCCGAAGGCCUGUUGGUCAAAGAGCGAUCCCAAGGAGGCUGUGGAGUUUGGAAUGCUCUUCCUGCCCUGCCUCGAGGCUGCAUCUUUGGGCCGUAUGAGGGGGAAGUGGUCCGGGAGCACGGCGACUGCACUCGUUAUUCCUGGGCGGUGCGAGACAAUGGCUCCUAUUUCUUUGUUGACGCUUCCGAUGAGUCAAAAUCCAACUGGAUGAGAUAUGUGGCAUGUGCCUCCACCGAGGAUGAGCAGAACUUGACAGUUUUCCAAUACCGGGGGUACAUCUACUAUCGGGUCUGCCAGACCAUAUCUGCUGAUACUGAGUUGCUGGUGUGGAUUGGAGAGGAGUAUGCCCGCACUUUGGGACUGCGCUUGGGUGAGCACUUUAAAUACGAGUUUGGUGAGAAAGAGCUGCUAAUGAAACUCUUCCAAGAGCUGCACCUCAAGACCCCGUCGUCGCCUCCAGCUCCCCAUGCCCCCUCCUCACGCACGCAGUACCUGUGCGGGGAUGCCACUGCCUCUUCCCUCCUGCCUCUUCACAAGCCAGGCCUUCCCCCGGGAGGAAGCACUUUUCCUCUGCUAGAAGGGACACAAAACCUUGUGGGGCUGGGCCGGGCUCAAAGUCGCUACUGGACCUUUUUUGGGUUUCAGGGGGACGCCUAUGGGCGCAUCCUAGACAAGAGCAAGAUCAUCUGCAAGCUGUGUGGGGUCCGGCUGAGCUACAGCGGCAACACCACCAAUCUGCGGCAGCACCUCAUCUACAAGCACCGCUGCGAGUACAACCAGUUGGUAGGGACGCAAACAGCCACCCUUGACAAAGGGGUGGCAGGGGGAGGCGAGUUCGGAGCUCCCCGACCUCCUGCUCCGGGCAGGACCACCCGGGCCGUGGCUGACUUUAUUGUACUGGACUUGAUGCCUGUGGAGGUGGUGGAAGGAGAAGGAUUUGGGCAGAUGUUGGGGGUGUUGGACCCCAGCUACAAGCCACCAGAUGCCGCCUCCCUGGCACACACGGUGCUCAAGGACAUGUACACCCAAGUGAAGGGGAAAAUCUGGGAGCUCGUGCGGGCUCUGCCCCAGUGCUCCCUCAGUUUGGACAUGUGGCGCCACAGCAGCACCCUCACCUACCUCACUCUUACUGUGCACUAUGUGGACGACUGUUUUGAAGCCCGGGCUCGAGUCCUCUCAAGCCGCCCUGUCCCUGAGGAGCCAGGUGCUGAGAGCCUCGUGGAGGCUUUAGCUGAGGCGUCCAAGGAAUGGGGGGUGCGGGAGGGCACCUCAUAUACUGUUGGCCGCCUCUGCUCUGCCACCCAACAAGCCACCUCAGCACUUGGCUGGACGGCCUUGCCUUGCGUUGGGCAGGCCUUGCGAGCAGCUAUGGAAGCUGUGCUCAGCCAGCCCGCUGCCCAGAGUGCAUUUGAAAGGCUCCGUCGUUUGGCAUCCUGGGCAUUGGCGGGGCCAGGCCGCAGCGAGAAAAUGUGGACCCAGGAGCCCCUCCUGCAAGCUCACCUCAGCCGCUUCCUUAGGGAGGGGGGGAAAUGGCACGGUGUCUACUCAGUCCUGCAGGGCCUGCUGGACCACAGCGAACCCCUUGCAGGGCUCGGCCCAGAUGGGGAGGCGACGCUGCGUCCCCAGGACUGGGCCGCCCUGCAGGAUGCAGUCAGAGUCCUCAAGCCAAUGGCAAUUGCUACCUCAACAUUUACCAAAGAGCCCUUUUCCAGUAUUUCCCUGGUCAAGCCUGUGCUAACCAGCCUCCUGUACAAGCACUUAGUGCCCAGCGAAUGGGACUCUGCCCUGGCCCGCGAUGCCAAAGCAGCAGCCCAGAAGGAGCUGAGCCAACAUUUCUCCAACUCAGACGUCAACCAAGCCCUCAACCUUGCCUGUGCUCUGGACCCCCGCUUCCGUGGCCUUGAUUUCCUGAGCCACUCUGACCGUGUGGAGACCUUGCACUUGCUCAAGACAGAAGCAUCACGCCUGGCCGAGACCCCUGCCCUGUUGACCUCCAGCCUGCCCGAUGUAUCAUCACCACCACCCCCUGCCAAGCAACCAAAGCAAGAUGCGGGAAUUGAGUUCCUGCUGGGAGACCUGUGCAGUGUGCGCGGAGUGGCAGGCACAGGCUCUGCACAUCAGCAGGCGGAGCAAGAAACUGCCAGCUUCCAAACCAGCAAGGCGUCUGCCCUUGGCCAGGAGCCUCUACAGUGGUGGAAAACCCACCAUAACCAGUACCCGCUGCUGGCUCGGGUGGCUCGCAAGCUGCUUGGUGUGCCUGCCACUUCAGUACCUGCUGCAUGGGUCUUCAGCAGUGCUGGUGACGCCAUCCAAACCAAACGUCAAGCCCUGACACCUGAGCAUGUUGACAUGUUGGUGUUUCUCCAUGGCAACCGAGCCAUGCUCUAUUAGGGCACGGUAAGGCGGGGCCUUCAUCUCUGUCCAUCCCCAGAGUCCUAGACCCUUUCCCUUUAAGAGACCGAAAAAAAGAUGCAUUUAGUUCUUCCAGGUCCCCUUUUCCUUGCUUUCCUGACUGGGUUGGAACAAAUAACUGAUCCCCUACUCCUCAAAUGAAGAGGUAUGGUCUGUGUGUUUGGAAGAAGGGGAGGAAAAAGGAGAAGAACAAACCCUUGGUAAUGCUCUUGAGGGGCGGGGGGUAUGUUUAAGAAUGGUCUGGAUUGAAAGAUAUCACUGUAGCUAUAACAGAGAGAGAAGGAAUAGCCCAGGCAGAAGGGAGGGGGAGACAGCUGGGAACAGACAUAAUUCUUGAGGAAUAUAUUGAAGGGGUGGGAGUAGAAUGAGACACAGGAAUAUUCUAUAAGCAUGGAGGGGAGCAGCUAUGCCGACAAAUGAAUAUAAAUGGUAUAUAGAGGACUUCAGUGUACAGAGUCCGUUGCUGUUCUUAUUCUGUCGGUCAAAGAGAGGGGUGUGGGUUUUUUUUAAAUGUGUUUUUUUUAAAUUGUUUAUAGUUUUUAUGUUACUGUUCAUAGCUUAAAUAAAGAAAAAUUCUUCUCGGAAAAAAAGAGACGGGGGGAGGAAUUGCCCAUUAAAGGGCAAGAAAAUGGGUGGGAGGAAUUGAGAAGAGGAAUGGCCUGUGUUGAAAAAGAAGGGUGGGUGGGAAUAUAGGACUGGAAUAUUUCCUGUGUAUUGAGGAAAAGGGGACCUUUGGUUAAAUGGGGAGACUGAAGAAAGCUUAUAGCUGGGGCAGGGGAGGAAGCUCCAAGAAAUAGGGGUAGCCCCUCUGAAUUGCAAUGAGGGAAGGGGGAAAUAGCUUGGGAUAUUCCAAAUAUGAAUUUUAGCUUGUGAGGGGAGGUUUUUUCUUCCAUCUUCUGCUUACUCUUCCCUUACAUGGAUUUAAAGGGCCAGUUAGAGUGAGGCCAGGCAUUGAUAGUUGGAAUUGCAAGGGAUAACUGGGCACUGAUAUAAGCAGCAAACACACAGGCCAUACUUUCUCUGUACAUCCUUUUUGUUCCUUGUAGAACAGCUGGAGUAAGGGAGCAGCAGAGAUGGGGAGCUUGCAGCUUCUGUGAUAUCUCCCAGCCACUGUGAAUUCCAUGAAUGUAUCUCUUUUCUUCCUCUAUCGAGUCUGUGGAACUUCAGGAAAAGGAGGAGUGACUUGAGGAAAUACCAACCCUCUUUCGAAUCUGGUUCCCUCUCGCCUUCCUUCUGCUCUUCUGGGGCAGUAAAUUGAUUUUUCUUAAAUCCCAAAGAGUAUCAACUGUUCCUAUACUCCUCUCUCCUCCCCUUUCCCCGUAGUCUCUUCAUACCUGUGUAUACACUCCAUUUUCUCUCAUCCCCAUGUUUGCAUGCAGUUGAGGUGUUCAGACUAUUGGAAAAGAUAACCAGUGUGAUGUAGGGUUUAGUGUGUCUCAUCAGGAGCAGGGAGGCCAUGUUCAAAUCCUCACUCUGCCUCACUUUGUCUCUGGGUGACCUUAUGUCAGUGGCACACAGUCUCUUUCAGCCUAAUGUACCUUGCAAGGUGGAUAUGAAGAUAAAAUGGAGGAGGGAGAGCCAUGUAUGCUUGCCCUGAGCUCCUUGGAGAAAGAGUGGGAUAAAAACGAGAAAAGAACAAAUAUAAUGGAAAGUUUCCAAGUUACUCCUUUCUACACACACACACACACAGAAUCCUUCAAGAGGGUAGGCUAAGAUAGAGGCCAUGACCCUUGUCCCCCUUCCCACCUCAAGUCUGGAAAAAAAAGGUCAAAAAUGAAUGCUUCAA